GCAGGCCUGAAGGAGGCCCCCUCAGGCUGGCAGACCCCCAAGAUCUAUGUGAAGGACAAAUGAGCCUGGAGUCCUAUUUCUGCACCCAAAUGCUGCUGGUGACCCAUUGUAAUAAACGUUGGGAAGACUCAGUGUCCUGGGCUGGCCUGGAGCCUCAUCUGCCUAAUCCAUGUGGGCUGGGAGGAGAAUCAGAAGCCAAGCUGCGCCCUCCUGUGAGCCAGCCAGUGAGCGGUGAGGGGAGUGGAAGCAAGAAGGACACCGCCACCAGCAGCCAGCUGAUGUGGAGGGACACUCUGAGGGCCUCCCAGGAGCAUGAUACCCCAGGUCUGGUUUCAGGGAUACAAAAAUGGACCCUGGCAGGCUCCACUGUCCUGCUGUCCUCAGGGUCCUGGAGGCCCGCGACCAGUGACAGCUCGGUGGUGUCUGAGUCCUCAGUGACCUGGGAGGCCGGCAGCCAGGCAGUACUGCGAUGCCAGAGUCCGCGCAUGGUGUGGACGCAGGACCGGCUGCACGACCGGCAGCGCGUAGUCCACUGGGACCUGGGUGGUGGACCUGGUCCCGCGCGCCGGCUUGUGGACAUGUACUCAACUGGUGAGCCACGUGUGUAUGAGCCACAGGAUCGCGACCGCUUGCUGCUGUCGCCCUCCGCCUUCCAAGAUGGCAACUUCUCCCUGCUCAUCCGAGCUGUGAAGGAUAGCGACGCGGGGCUGUACACCUGUAACCUGCACCAUCACUACUGCCAUCUGUAUGAGAGCCUGGCCGUGCGCCUGGAGGUCACCGACGACCCCCAGGCCAGCCACGCAUACUGGGAUGGCGAGAAAGAGGUGCUGACCGUGGUGCGCGGCACGUCUGCGCUGCUGACCUGCGUGAACCGCGCACUCUUGUGGACAGAGAGGCACUUGGAGGAAGCACAGCAGGUUGUGCACUGGGACCGCCAGCCACCUGGAGUCCCGCACGACCGCGCCGAUCGCCUGCUGGACCUGUAUGCUUCCGGCGAGCGCCGUGCAUAUGCGCCUCCCUUCCUGCGCGACCGCGUGGCCGUCGGAGCCGACGCCUUCGCGCGCGGGGACUUCUCGCUGCGCAUUGACCCGCUGGAGCUGGCCGAUGAGGGCACCUACUCCUGCCACCUGCACCACCACUACUGUGGCCUGCACGAACGCCGGGUCUUCCACCUGCGCGUGGCCGAGCCUGCUGCGACUCUGCCGCCUCCGCGCCCCUCGGCAGGCCCGGCCCCAGACCCCACGCUGGCACGAGGGCGCAGUGUCAUUAAUGUCAUCGUCCCGGAGGGCCGGGCGCAUUUCUUCCAGCAGCUGGGCUACGUGCUGGCCACGCUGCUGCUCUUCAUCCUGCUGCUCAUCACGGUGGUCCUGGCCACUCGUCAGCGCCGCUGUGGAGGCUAUGACUACACUUACCAGAAGUCAGCCAAGGUCAAAGGGAAGGACGUGAACCUGGAGGAGUUUGCAGUGGCCACAGGGGAUCAGACUCCCUACAGGAGCGAGGAUAUCCAGCUAGAUUACAAAAAUAACAUCCUGAAGGAGAAGGUUGAGCUGGCUCACAGCCCCCUACCUGCCAAGAACAUCGACCUGGACAAAGAAUUCAGGAAGGAGUACUGCAAAUAAAAGGGUGCUGGGCUCCUGGCUGGGCCAGCAGCUCUGCCCCCAGAACUAUGGAUGUCCCGAACCUCACGUGGCUCACCAACUUCCUCCCAGCGGCUGGUCCCGCUUUCUUGAAGUUGGCCCAAGGGUGGCUGGCACAAAGUGGCUAGGACACCGUCUUUGUUCUCAAGAAGCUGCUGUGUGCUUCUGGGGACUGUGCUGCAGCAUGGCUACCACCCUUCAGCCGCCCUUGGCAACUGGUGGCCCCACCCCCCACAAUAUACCCCAGGUCCCACUGAUGCCCUUUAAGCCAUUGAACCCUCCUGGCCCCUGUCUGUUGGGAAGGAAGACACCCCUGGGGACGUGGAGUAGCCUCAGGGCUGGUUCCUCACUCCUCUCUGGGGAGCCCCCAGUGACCUUUCCAGACUGCACCAGGCACCCACAAGUUACUCAGAGGCCUGCCCAGUUGCCCUCUAUCCUGUAUAGAAACUGAAGACCACAGGGACUCCACUGCUUUGGACUACGUGUUGCCAUGCCCUUCCUGUGCUUCUGACCCUUUUCCAGCUGUUUUCCACAAGCUGCCUUGAUGGUCACUGACCAUGUGAUCCCUGACAUUCGUGCCCCUUCCUGGGCUGGAGUCUGGGGCAGGGGUCAAAUUUGGCUUCUAUUGUGGCUGAGAACUGGGUGAGGGAUGACAAUGGAUCUGGGUGGCCUGUGCUGCCACUUUGACACCCCCUGUUGCUCCUGCUGGGGGAACUGCUGCAUCACAAUAAAGCCCAAGUCUGAUUUUUA